UCAUGGCCUUAGAACUGGAAGUUAGGAGCCUUAUGUUUCGUAGUCUGUUGCUUCCGUUUCUGACAGUGUUGUUGGGUCGAAGUCAGUCACGACUCCUAUCGCUCAUAGAGAAUGGCCAAGGUCCAACCAUCAUUGAGCAUCAUCUCUAACGAACGGCAUUCGAUCAGCAGCACCGGUAUAGAACAGUUCUAAGUACAGAGAGAGAUCUACCGUCAAGGCUAGAUCGUGUUCUCGAGACUUGAAUCUUCAUUCCCUUAUUUUAAUCAUCAACGUGACCAAACCCAUAUCAGCACCAUGGGUCACCUCUCACAAAUCGAAGCCAUCAUCGAAGCCUACAACGACAUCCUCUCCAACUAUCUAGAGAAUGGCGAAGGUCCUUUGCACAUGCCCAAGAGAGAAGUUAUCAUAAAACAAAAGUCGGAUUUCAACUACUGGGCAAUACAUUCGGGCGUGUGCAUGCCAGAGAUUGAACUUGAACACGAGUUCGAACGGGAUGCGAUAAUAGGGCUUGAUGACUUCAUCGAUGUUGCACAUGAUCUGGAGAGACUAUACAAAAAAGAUGCAAGUCCUAGUAUCACAUGGCUGGCAGACGAAUACGUGGCCUCGUUGGCGGAAAAGCUAAGCUUACUGGCUCAUACAUUCGGCGUACUUGUGCCUUCAUUGCAAGAACAAGGACCGGCUUCUGGGACUCGGUGAAUUGGAACUUGAUGAAAUUUUGGGAAAAGUUGAU